CCGUCUGCAAACAAACCCGUGAGUGUCAACCAGAGGCUUCUCACCCACUCUCUGUCUCCGUCUCUCAUGGAGACCUGAGGUGCUCAUUAUUUCCCCUCGUGACACGAGCGCUAUGAGUCUGGGAGAAGAGCUGUAUUGCAAAGCGCAGAAGAUGGACGUGGAGGAAGACUUCUACUCGUAUGAGUUCAGUAACGACGAAGGUCUGCCGGUGUUUAAGGACAGCGAGGAGCUGUUCGCGGCGCUUCGGCGGAAGGAGGACGAGGUUCUUCUGGCAGCUCAGGUGGGAAACGCUCUGCUGCUGGAGAACAGACAGCUGAAGGAGGAGAGAGACGGGCUCCACGAGAAAUACACGCAGCAGCUCGAGGAGCUGGAGCAGGGCAGGUACGAUCUGCGGGUCAAGCUGGAGGACUGCCAGGCGCAGUGGGAGAGUCAGGUGUCCGAGCUGGAGCGGGACGUGCAGGAGCUGCAGGCGAGGGUCCAGACGCUGAACCAGAGUCUGAGCGAGGCCGAGAGAGACAACGGCAGACUGAAGCAUGAGCACAGCGAGCAGAGCCACAGACUCCGAGACCAGCUGCAGAGGGGAAUGGAAGUGGAGCGAGCCAUGACCAGCGAGCUUCAAAGACUGAAACAGGAAAUGAGAGAAAGAGGGCAAUCCAGACCCCAGGACGAAGAAAUCAUCAACGCUCUCAGAGAACAGGUGAGAAGCCGUUCACACUGCAUUCAAACACUGGAGCAGCGCUUGAAGAUGACUUGUCACGAGAAUGAGGAACUAAAAGACACUAUGUCCACACUACACGCUCGCCUGGAUCUACAAGAACAACAGAGUCACACACACAUACAACAGCUGGCCGAGGCCUGGCGGGAGGUGGAUGGGGUUCGUUCCCGGGCUCAGGAGCUGCAGUCUCAGGUCGAGGAGCUGCAGGAGGAGGCGGCUCUGCAGGACAAGAGUCACAACGACUCGUCUUUACUGUCUGAGCUGGAAAACAAUCUGGACACUGCAGAUUGGAGCCUGGACAAAGAACAGGUCUGUCGGGAGCUGAACUACAUCCUGGAGCUGCUGCAGCCCGUGGCCUACAGAUCAGAGGCUGAGCAGGACUCGGAUGACAGCCUGCAGGGCAUGCUGGGACAACUCAAACACGCAGCACAGUGGAUAGCACACAGUGACACACUACAGGAGAAGAGGAAGUCCAUUGUGGGAUCUGGGAGCGAUCCGUGUGAGAAUGCCGUCCGGAUACAGGAGCUGCGGGAUCAGAACGAGCGCCUCGUAGCGGAAAACGGCGAGCUGAAGCUGCGAGCUGAGAGACUCGUGGAGCAGGAAGUAGUUCAGCAGGCCAUAAAGGACCGCGAUGAUGCCAUCACUAAGAAGACGGCGAUGGAAGCGGAGCUGCUGAGGACUAAACACGAUAUGAUGUGUUUGAACAACCAACUCCUGGAAGCCAUUCAGCGCAAGCUACAGCUGUCACAGGAACUGGAGGCCUGGCAGGACGAUAUCAGGUUAUCAUCAACCAGCAGCUGA